AUGAAAGACUUGUAUAGUUUUGAUGCAACCCACGCAGGUGCUUUGUUAUCAUACAACACGAUAUGUCAAACUUAUUCGGAAUUAUUCAAAGAGUUGAAUUUACCCUACCACAAAGUCCUGGCGGAUGCUGGUUCUAUUGGCGGUCAUACGUCUCAUGAAUUCCAUAUACCUGUUCCCAUCGGAGAGGAUCGUUUGCACGUGUGUACGAGAUGUGGAUUCGGUUACAACGCUGAAGUGGAAAGUAAGUUUCUAUUAAUUGUUGGUGAAUACGCUUCGACUGCAGAUGGAAUUCAGUUUUCGGAUUGUUUAGAAAAAGGUGCGAAUGAAACAUCAACUACACAUUGUCCCCAUUCAUUUCAAGAAGUACGCGGUCUCGAGAUGGGAUGCUACGGAAUCGGCAUGACUCGAUUACUAGCAGCCGCUGUAGAAUAUCUAUCAGCAGCUGCGUUCCCCAACAUUCCUGCCGAGCAGGUUACAGAAUUGCGUUGGCCUUCCGGUCUGGCUCCAUUCAGUGCUGCUCUUGUCCUUCAGAAGGCUCAGCGUGCCGCUCAGCCGGUGUAUGAGCUGGUCGAUGUGUACGGAGGAGUCUCAUACGAGGUCACACUGAGUCAAAUGCGUGAAGCAUUUCAAAUGCGUUCCUUUGAAACAAGUGAUCUACCUCAAUGGAAUCAGAACAACCGGACCAGACCAAAAACUCAAUAG